CGCUUGCUGUACGUAUAUUUUACCAAAGACUUGGCUAUCUUUACUAUUUGUGAGUCGUCGGCCUUCCCUGCCACUUCCUUACCUUUUCUCCACGUUUUGUUGGUGUGGACCCCGUUCCAAGGAAUAAGUUGUAACAAGCUCUUUAAGAUGAGUGGAUCGACUUGGGAAGAAAAGUAUCAUCUGAUCACCAGGAACUUGGCAGAAUGGCUUGGCGACGAAAAACUAAAGACAAUUUUGAAACAGAGAGAUCUGAAAAUAUACUGGGGUACUGCAACUACUGGGAGGCCUCAUGUCGGUUACUUCACCCCUAUGUCCAAAAUUGCCGAUUUUCUUCGAGCUGGAGUUGAAGUCACGAUACUGUUUGCUGAUCUCCAUGCUUAUUUGGAUAAUAUGAAAGCACCUUGGGACCUGUUAGCCCUGAGAGUUCAGUAUUACGAAGCUGUGAUUAAGGCUAUGCUAAAAUCCAUCGGCGUUCCCAUAGACAAGUUAAAGUUUGUUAAGGGAUCGGAUUAUCAAUUAUCCAAAGAAUAUACAUUGGAUGUAUACCGUCUGAGUUCUCUGGUAACUGAGCAUGAUGCUAAGAAGGCUGGAGCUGAAGUAGUGAAGCAGGUCGCUAAUGCCCUACUUUCAGGAUUGUUGUAUCCGGGGUUACAAGCAUUGGAUGAGGAGUAUCUUAAGGUUGAUGCGCAAUUUGGAGGGGUAGAUCAACGAAAAAUUUUCACUUUCUCUGAAAAAUAUCUGCCCAUGCUUGGUUACGAAAAACGUGUACAUCUUAUGAACCCUAUGAUUCCAGGAUUGACUGGAGCAAAAAUGUCCUCGUCCGAAGAGGAUACAAAAAUUGAUCUACUUGACAGUGCAGCGUCUGUGAAAAAGAAGCUCAAAAAAGCAUUCUGUGAGCCCGGAAAUAUUACAGAGAAUGGUAUUCUAGCAUUCUCAAAACAUGUUAUUUUUCCGUUAAUGAAAAAUGAUGAAAAGUAUAUUGUCAAACGAAGUGAAGAAUUUGGUGGAGAUAUGUCAUUUGACAAAUAUGAGGAUCUUGAAGCAGCAUUUGCGAAACAGGUUAUUCAUCCUGGUGAUUUGAAGGCUGCAGUCGAAAUAUAUGUCAACAGACUCUUAGACCCGAUUCGUAAAGAAUUCGAGUCAGACCCUCAGCUCAAAGGACUCAACAGCAAAGCCUAUCCUCCACCGCAGAAAGAGAAGCAGAUUGAUGAAAUAAUACCUUCCCGUCUCGAUAUUAGAGUGGGUAAGGUUGUGGAAGUCCACAAACAUCCUGACGCAGAUGCUCUAUAUGUUGAGAAAAUUGACUUGGGGGAUUCCACUGGUCCGCGUACCAUUGUAAGCGGAUUAGCUAACUACGUGCCAUUGGAAGAUAUGCAGGAUAGACUGGUAGUGGUUUUGGCCAACUUGAAACCAGCAAAUCUACGAGGCAUUCAAUCACAUGGGAUGGUUCUUUGUGCAUCAGUAGAAGAGCCUACUAAAAAAGUGGAGCCCCUGAUACCACCGCCUAGCAGUGGGGCUGGAGAUAAAGUGGUCGUAGAGGGAUAUGAAACCGGAACUGCAGAUGACGUACUAAACCCGAAAAAGAAAGUAUGGGAAAAGCUUCAGGCUGAUCUCGUUGUGAAUAGUAGCGGAGAGGCAGCGUGGGGUGGUAAUUUGUUACUGACGAAAGACGGAGGUAAAAUUACAUCAGCCACGUUGAAAAAUGUGCCUAUCAAGUAACAUCUUCGAUCGUAGACGCCAGUAUUGAACGAUGAAUUGCCUGCUCAAAAAGUUACACCCAGUGCGUGAUUUUGAAUAAACUAUAUUUUCAUUUUUAUCUCUGUUACGACUGUUGUCUGCCUUAAAAGUUUGCUGGACGUAACUUUUGUAAUUUGUAUAGACGUAUCCAUAUUUAUCGAAGAAUCCAUUGUUACAUCACUGCUAUUCUGCAUAAUUUUUUAGGCACGAAUAGCUUAAGGCAGUAAUACAUUGGUUCAGUGUUAUUCCUCAAUACCGCAAUCAUUUGUAUAUUUUAUAGCUUUUUGCAGCCGCUGCAUAUUUUUAAUUACAUUUGGGAGAAUGUAUGUAUUAAUUAAUCACUGGUGAUAAAUUGAUGAUAUGUGAUUAACAUAUAGUAGUCAAUUUUUUUUUCUUGCGAAGAAACAAGUUUCAUAAUUUUUAUUAGAAAAAGUUUUGCAUUAAUUGAAAUUACCAAUUAUUGUAGUCUUCAUAUUCGGACAACAUGAAGGUCGAAAAGGGUAGCUAGGGAGCAUGAACGGAAAUAAAUAUUUGAAUAAUUA